CAGGCAGCCAAGAAAUCAGGAAGUGAGGUAGGAUCAGGUGGAGAUAGGCUCGGGGUGGAGCAUCUUUGGGGAAGAUUUGCAGUUAAAUCCAAUAUCCUGUCUCUCUUCAGGAGGCGCCGAGGCCCGAGUCAUUGUUUAACUAAGGUGAGGCAGUACCUGCUGUGCCCAUAUAAGGAAGAGCCUAAGGGAAGAAGCCAGCAGACAGCAGCCCUGCCAGGGCUAUCACCCUGCCCUUUCUCCGGAGGGACUGCCACUGUCCUCCACCACCAGCCUCCUGCGCCUCCCUCCAUCUCACAAAGCUGCUGCCAAGCCUCGGGGACCCGCCCAAACAGGGAAAGACCUUAUACCUCGUCUAAAUAAGAGUCAUGGCGUAUAACCAGGAGCUUCUAGCCAAGACCCCCAUCAUCAGGUUCAAGGAACAGAACUUUUACUCCUUGCGGGAUCAUUGCCUAAAGAGAGGCCUGCUGUUUGAGGAUGAGACGUUCCCUGCCAAGACUUAUUCCAUAGGUCUACCUCUGCUCAAGGGAAGAAACCUCUCCAACCUGACCUGGAUGCGGCCAAAGGAUUUAUUGAAGGGUAAAUCAGAGCCUCAUUUCAUCCUGGAAGGUGCCAGCAGAUUCGACAUCCGACAAGGAGAGGCAGUUGUAGGGGGCACCAUUGCCACUGAUGCUGACAACAAAAUUCGCUCAUCCACUCCCCCUACCUCCACUGUGUACACAAGGUGGACCUGUGGGGUCCAUGUGUUGAAAGCUCACAAAGGACUUGUCAAAUUCUGGCAGUGUGGCGAGUGGGUAGAAGUGGUGAUUGACGAUCGCCUGCCUGUCCUGAACGAGGAGUACCUAUUUGUGGAGCCUUGCAACAAACAAGAGUUCUGGCCCUGCCUGCUGGAGAAAGCCUAUGCCAAGUUUCAUGGGUCCUAUGUCAACCUGCACUAUGGCUACCUCCCUGACGCCCUGAUGGACCUCUCGGGAGGGGUGGUCACCAACAUCAGCCCGCAUGUCUCCUCGCCUGACCUGGUGAUGAUGGUGAAGAAGGCAGCCGAGGCUGGCUCCCUGAUGACCUGCGGCACCCUGACUGGGCCGAUGAGUGAGUCCACGAGGAUGGCGAAUGGGCUGGUGAGUCGGCAUGCCUACACGGUGACCGGGGCUGAGCAGGUUUGGUACAGGAGGAGCUGGGAAUAUCUCGUCCGCCUGUGGAACCCCUGGGGCAAGGUCGAAUGGAGAGGGCCCUGGAGCGACGGGUCUCCGGAGUGGCAGGAAAUCCACCACCAACAGAAAAGCCAGCUGUAUGAGCAUAAGGACGAUGGCGAGUUUUGGAUGUCAUGUCGAGAUUUCCAAGAAAACUUCUCCUGCCUAUUUAUAUGUAACCAAGUUCCAAUCAGCCUGGACCAUGGAAACAUGCCCCAUGAAAGAUGGUCCCAAAUGAUGUUUAAGAACCACGUGAUUCCAGGAAACACUGCAGAAUUCCAGAGGGAUGUGCAGUACCUCUUCUCUGUGCCAGACAGCAUGGAAAGCAGCAAUGUCGUCAUGUCCUUCAACAUCAUGCCACAAAAUUUAAAGGCAAAAGACAGAAUGUUUCCACUAAACUUCGAGGUGUUCAAGGUGGACUCCCAGUUCCAGCAUUUCCGAGAGAGGUUGCCGCCCACCUUUUUUUCCAAAUUCAGAAUGGCUGAGAAGGGCAUAGUUUCUCAAACCCCACGUAACCUUACAGAGUGCUUCAGCCUGAGCCCUGGGACCUACGUGGUGGUCGUCUCUGCAGGCAGAGAAGCAGUUGAGUUCUCGCUCCGAAUUUUCCUGAAGAUGUCCGACAGUGACAGGGACCUGGGCAACAAUCUCAACCUCAGACCACUGAAGAUCCAGGCAACUCUUCCAGAAGAUAGCUCCCAACAAAGCAUUUUCUACAAAUACUCUCAGCAGGGACCGGACAUUGAUGCUACCCAGCUGCAGAGCCUUCUCAACCAGGAAUUCCUGAAAGGACCUCCAGGGGACACAUUCUCUCUGGACCAGUGCCAGAGCAUCGUGGCUCUGAUGGAUCUGAAGGUGAACGGGCGCCUUGACCAAGAGGAGUUUUCAAGGCUGUGGAUCCGCCUGGUCCACUGCCAGAGUGUUUUCCAGAACACCCAGAAGAACUCCAGAGUUUUCCUGAGCUCGGAUUUGUGGAAGGCCAUAAAUGACACAGACUUCCUGGCAGGCGUCUCUGUCAGCAACGAGCUGCUGGGUCUAAUGAGCCUCCGGUACAGCGACAGCUCCGGCAGGGUCAGCUUCCCCAGCCUGGUCUGCCUCCUGAUGCGCCUUGAAGCCAUGACAAAGGCUUUCCAUAACCUCUCCAAGGAUGGAAGAGGAGUCUACCUGACAAAAAUGGAGUGGAUGAACCUGGUGAUGUACAACUGAAGCAAGCGGCAGAACAGACCCCAGAGCCCAGGACAGACUCCCAGUGAUCACUCAAGAAUCUGGCUCUCAUCUCGUCGGGCUGUGCUGCCCCUGUGGUUGUGAUACUUGGAAGCCUGCUCUGCCUGGAACGUAGUCAAAGCUGCCUUCAAGGAGCCUGGGCUGGAUCCUCAGCUGGGUCAGGCUCUCAUUAGCCUGCGGUCACAGAUCAGGUGAUCUGAACACUUGGAGACACCUGCCUUGGAUCCCUGGAGAAUGAAACAAGAGCUAUUCCCUUGUGGGAAAGCUGCCUCUCAGUCCCCUCCACCAAUUCAAUCCAUUUCUUGGAAAAUCCAGAAGGAACCAGUCAGUCCACCCACAGCAUGCCAUGUGAUAUGGGGGCAGUCCGCUGGGUGUUUGCAGAACUAUUCAUACUCCCCAGUGUCUGAAUCCUGAUUGUUUCGCAGCCAAAUGGCAAAAUAAAACAUAGUUUCCCUAAAGGUCUUCAACUCCUUUAGGACAAAUAGGAUUUUAGUUCUGGAUGAAAACUACAUGUGAGGAAGGGGAAAUCCAGCCAGCAAGGUAGGCACUCCCCACUCCUUCCUUCCUUAUCCAUAAAGUGGUCAUCAGCUAGCUCCACAAGGUCAUGGCCCACUAGAGUUCAGAAGAGAUUCCAAAGAGUGGCCAGGCCAGACCCCACUCAGGAGAACUGGCACUUGAGAACGCAUCCAUGGAAGCAGCUCUCCGAUGAGGAAAUCCUUGUGAAUGUGUGUGUCAAGAGGACAGAAAGGUAGGAACCUUCCAGAAUGUGACCUUUCUGAGCAGAAGCCAUCAGAAGGUGGAUGGCAUGGGCAGGGAUGUGCCAUCAUGUGAACACCCAUGCUCAGGACCUAGGUUAGCAUUUGAAGGUGGACGCAUCCCAGUACAAUAAACACACACUCAGUGAGCUAACCUGCAUCCCACGGGGACUGCUGCAGUGUCUGAGAUCAUUUCAGUAGCAGAGCAGGGUCAGACACACAGUAAAGCCUGGGCCAAGUCAUUUUGCUUGGUUAACUGGGGUAGAAGGCCAUGGUUAUCAGCGUGGACUUUGGAGGUCAACAGAGAUAAUGUCAGCAGACCCAAGUCCUGGGCUGUCAGACUGCCCUCUUACGUACAGUCUUCUGCACGUACAACACUGGUCCUGACAGGUCAACAUAGACUCGGCUUAAGAAAGAAAGGAAGGAAAGAAAGGAAGAAAGGAAGAAAGAGAAGGAAAAAAAGAAAGAGAAGAAGAAGGAAGGA